CCACCCACCAGUCCAUAUAGAUUUUCGGACUUUUCCCUAACACCAUACCAGUUUGCACUUUUCAGAUAUAGCCUACGAGGAAGUUGUGCAAGAAAUCAUUGCAAGGAAGUGCAGUCAGUUCCCCGACACUACUUCAUGCAAAACCCGGAAGUUCGCGAACUUUAUUGCACCAAUGAUAUAUAUGCACAAAACUUUUUCAGCACUAUUGCAGUGUAGCAGUGCGCUAGCAGGCAAGUUAUGUCUCCGGAUUUUAAGUGGAAAUAUACUCAAAAUGUUGCUGUCUCGGUAAUGUGUCGUGUGAUCAACAAUAAUUCUUCAUAUACCAUUAUUUCUUCAGUUCAUGUCUAUUCUGCUUGUUGAAGUUACUUAAAGUUGCCAGUGGAUCGAGCUGGAGGAGCGAUUUUGCGCAGUGCAGUGUCGUGCCUGUUGAAAGGUGUACGGUAUCAACUCUUGCCUUCAGAUGAGUGCUACAGUGUCAUGAAACAUGUCUGAAAAUUCUGUAAAGGAUAUUCUCGCAAAGUUCAGCCAAGGAAAUGGUCCACAAUUUGGUGGGCCGCCCCUGGCUCAGAAGCCCUCGGUCCAGAGCAAACCGCCCAAGGUCAGCAAACCUAAUAACUUGCCCGUCAGUAGUCAGUCAUCAAAUGGAGUUAGGCCAUCCCCUAAUGGUGUAAAGUCACCUGUGUCAAGGGUUGGGUUCCCACCAGUAGGAGGUGUGAACAUUGAGGACAUCACCAAGGUGAAGCUUAAGAAGCCACCCUUGCCCAAACCUCCUCCAGAAGCCAGACAGACCGAGAACCAAGUCCCAAGUUUUAAACUGCAACCCAAACCCAAGCCCAAGCCAGCAGCACCUCCAAGGCAAGAAACGUCCUCUCCGUUCGGUGCCGCCCAUCUCCAACCCAAGUCUCCAUCUCCCGAGAGCAGUAGCCCUUUUCGGAACGAGUCCUCCCUUCAUGUCAGCUCCAAACCUGCAGCUCUUGCUAAGAAACCAAAGCCUCCGGCACCUUCUAGAAAAGACAGUUUAACAAAGAUAUGUAGUGUACCUCGGAAACCGAGCCCACCAUCAGUUUCCCCUGAAGAGGAAGACAAAGAGAAUACAUGUAAUUGGAAGAAUGGGAUUGGGGCGGAUGAACCCGCUCCACCAAUUUCAGACUCAGAAAAUUCCUCAGCAUCUUCGAUAACGGAGACUCCUUUGAGGAGAACAUCAUUCCUUCACACUGUCAGCAAGAACUUGAAACAGGGAAACCGAAAGCCAGUUCUUGAACCCCUCCCACCCCUCUCAGUCAUCGGGAAUGCCCCUCGGAAGCCAGCCAAACCACCCAAUGUGUCUUUAGCAAAAUAUUUAUCUUCUUCGUCAGACUCCCUUCCCCCUCCCGUCAGACCACCGAAGCCUGGAUCUACCCCGUCCACCCCUCCCUCUCUACCUGCCAGGCCCGGUGGUGGUGGGCUAUCGAAGACCAGGCCCCCACCCCCACAGCCAGUACCAGAGGAACAGAUACCAGAAGAUGCUGGGGAUAUCUAUGAUGAUGUUGAGGGUGAACCCUCUUCUGUUGUUCCACGCAAAAGCAGGCCGUUCUCUCUCAUGGGGUACACUGCUUGGGCAGUUAAGAAGAAGAAGAAGAAGAAGAAGAAGAAGAAGAAGAAGAAGAAGAAGAAGAAGAAGAAGAAGAAGAAGAAGAAGAAGAAGAAGAAGAAGAAGAAGAAGAAGAAGAAGAAGAAGAAGAAGAAGAAGAAGAAGAAGAAGAAGAAGAAGAAGAAGAAGAAGAAGAAGAAGAAGAAGAAGAAGAAGAAGAAGAAGAAGAAGAAGAAGAAGAAGAAGAAGAAGAAGAAGGAGAAAGAGAAAAGGAUGAUAAAAGAAUUAUGA